AUGAAGGAGAGAAGCAGCUCCGUGGCCUCGAACCACACCGAGAGGGAAAGGGGGAAACGCAUCGGCGGCUCGCGGCCGGCCGCGGGCAGUCCCUCGCGAGUCGAGAAGUCCUACAGCAGGGACAGCUCCAGCCGCUCGAACCACUCGACCAGGCGGCCGCAAUACACGACCACCUCGCGGGCCGAGGUGAGCGCCAGGGAGUCCAGGGACAUCAGGCGUUCCAUCUCGACCGCCAGCCGGCGGCCCACCUCCCUCCGGAACGAGGUGCUGAUCAACGAGGGCAGGGCCGUCGCCGCUCGGCAGCAGGAGGCGAGGACGCCCAGGAGAUCAUCUGUCUCCGCCGCCCGGGCCCCGGCCUCGGCUACGACCGCGCCAGCUGGUCUGGCCCUCGCGAGCCCAACGUCCCCGGGGAACACCCAGCUCCCCUUCUACCCCUAUGACCCCUCCCAGUUUCCCAGCACGCCCUCCCCACAACCCCUUACCCCGACGACCCCGCGCCCAGGCAGCUCCAGCUCGCAACAGCGCAGGCCAACCCCAGGGGACCGGUUCGCCGAGCUCCGGCGCACGGUCCGCAGGCUCAGCGCGCAGGUCGAGGCUUCGGAAGGCAAGGUGCUCGCCUUGCACCGGACGAGCGACCGGCGGCAUGACAGGCGCGACUACUUCCUGGGCCAGAUCAUGAGCAUCCCGCACCACUCGCAGGCGGGAUCCGACGACUCGGGCAUGCGCACGCCCAUCAACGGCGGCGAGUGCUCCCCUCCCGAAGUCUUCUACAGCCCCGUCAUGCCGAGCAGCCCCGCCAGUAGCGACGGCGGCGGCGCGUUCUCCCCGGUGUUGUGGUCGCCCGCCUGGAGCCGUCGGAGCUCCGUCGCCGACGGCCUGCCCCCCUGGGACCCCGCGCGGGCCCGCAACAGCGUCUCCUUCCUCGACGCGUCAGACCCGCACUGCACGGCGACCGGCUUCGGCACCGUGCACUCCAAGUACCGGAAAGUCGUCGUCGUGGGCGUCUACGCGACGCACGUCACCGCCCUGCCCAUCUACACAUACUCGGGGCGCGGGGCGGCGCGCCUGCGCUCGGGCCGGCGGAACGAGUGCGUCUCGAUCCGCGACGUCGACGACGCCAACCCAGAGCCAGCCGAGACGGCGCACGGCACGCUAUACUGCGAGAAGGACGCCGGCGCGCCGUGCGGGCGGUUCGUGGUGCAGGGGCUCAGCUCGGUGCACCUGACGGAGCCCAUCACGCACCGUUACGACCACGAGGCGACGUUCGAGGGCCGGAUGAUGGAGGAGGACUUUGAACGGCUGCUGUACCUGAUGAACAAGAUCUGCUGGCCUACCCAGCAGGACUUCAGGGAUCAGACCACUAGCCAUCUCGCACCCCGUUAA